GCGAUCGAUCUGUGGACCACUCCGCUCCGGCGGUACCCGACACAUUGUCUGUCAAUGCGGCUCUAACAUCAUACGUCUGACAGUGUCGCGCUAUAAAAUAUUUUAAAUUGUGUUUUUAAUUAGUGUUAUGUUUUAAUUUUUUUUAUUUUAAACGAUGGAGGGGCGGAGGUCUUGGGAUGGAGUGCCCUUGGGCGAGUCACAUUCUCCACCACAGUCCGUGCCGGGCCGCAGGACGCCGCUGGGAGCCGUGGGCCUGGGCGGCUUCUACAUGCAGGGUGGCCAGCCUCCGCCGCCUCCACAGCAUUGCUACCCGGCAGACGAGAACCAACCCGAACCAGGCACGAGCUAUGGACAAAGAGCUAUCAACGAUUCCAAGUCAAAACAGAAGAUGCGCCAAGGGAAGAAUGUUCGGCUGAAUAUAAACGCGAGGGAGAGACGCCGCAUGCACGAUCUGAAUGAUGCAUUAGAUGAGUUGCGAGGAGUGAUACCGUAUGCUCACUCGCCGUCUGUCCGCAAACUGUCCAAGAUUGCAACUCUACUGCUCGCCAAGAACUACAUCCUGAUGCAGGCCAGUGCGUUGGAGGAACUCAGAAGAUUAGUUGCGUAUCUCCAGAGUACAGCAACAGCUGCGGGUAUCGUGCCGCCUCCAGGCUUUGACCUCACCGGGUUCCCAGCCGCUGCGAAACUCCUGCAAGGGCCCAUCCCAGGCCCACCUCCGCCCCCCGAGCCGCCAUCUUGAGAUACAACCAUCAAACUAGAGCCCUAAACACUAGGGCACCUAGGAUAAAUCAGUCCAUACAAUAUAGACUGAUUGAAAGAUUGAGUGUUUAAAUUAUAUGUAUACCUUAUUUAUUCUGUAUCGUCUGGACUGCUCGUAACAUUUCUAUUUACAAUUAAUUUAUUAUUUUAACCUUCGUAAUACUCUUGAUAACAUUUUAGGACUAAGAUUUACGAAUAGAUCUCAAAUUAGUUUGUAAGUUAUGUAAAUAAUUCAAUACUCAAUGAAAACAACAUCAUCGAUAUGUAUACUCAACCUGUAAGUCAUUUUUGAACCAUUGCACAUCGCGGAUAUUUCAUUAAUUCGUUGCCAACCAAACUGCGUUUCAAAAGUUCUAUAUUGUGAUAUAAUGUGCCAAAAAUCUACGGCAAAAUAGGAAGUUAAUCCAACAUUAUUUGAUAGCCAUCGCUCAGUAAUGCUCAAGGAUUUGUCUGUUAAAACUUUGAGAAAAAACGUUUUCAAAGCUAAGUUUUCCUUGGAAAAUUUUUGCUUUUUUUCAAGAGAAUCGCAACGUGAUUUAACGGGUUUUCCUUCUGCAGUACAUUUACAUUUUUAAUAGUUUAUUUGUGUGUGUAAAACAGUUAGAACAUUUGUUUCCUAAACAUCGUAAUUUUAGAAUAUUUACAACGGAUAUUAAAAUGUUUUAUUGCAAUUUUCUUUUGAGAAGUCGUUUGCAAGAUUAGAAAGUAAUUUAUUUACCCAAAAUAAAUAAACAAUAACAUUUGUUUAUUAAAACGAAAACUUUGAAAUUUUAUAUCAUUUUAAUACUUACACAUAAUGUGGGGUUCAUUUAAAUAAAAAUGAGUAAACCAACUACAACCAACAAACAAACCUCAACAACAAUUUUAUAUUUUAAACAAAUACUUCUUCGACAGGCAUUCAAAUUUUAAAGGUAAGAUAGUUCCAUUAGAAUAGUAAGAAUUAUUAAUUUAAAUAUUUUGUACAUAGAAUAGUAUUUUACAUAAGGUAAAUCUAAGUAAUUUUUAUUUCAAAUACUUUCAAUAUACUUGUUUUAUAUUUUA